GGAACAUUAACAUUUUGUGCAAAUGCAGCUUCGGGCGCUUCAGCUCUAUCCCUCGAGCGAUGAGGAGGGGCAAGUGGGCGACGACGAUGAUGACGACAACGAGGGCCGUGUAAUUGCAGAACAUGAGAAUAUCGAGCUGGAGUCAUUUGGUUAUAAUGUUGAUAAUCUGUAUAAUGCUGUUCAAGAAAACUAAUGAGUAAUACUAAGCCAGCAAAUAGCAUUGAGACUCGUCCAUUAAAUUAUGUUGAACCCAAGAUACUGCGAUCUCCGAUUUUACCGAAAUGCACUUAGAAAAACAAAUUACAAAAACAA